AUGGCUUUGCUGACCCCGGGGCUGGACAGCCUCGACCCCCUUUGCCCGGGGUCCAGCGGGUCCGCCCGCGCCCGCACCCGCACCCGCGCCCACGGCAGCGACCGGGACCGGGACCGGGGGGACCGGGACCGACCCGCGUGGUAUUACGGGCACCUGAGCGAGAACCUGCCCCGGGGGUCCAGGGUGCGGGGAGCCACCAUCCCCCUGAGUCGGCUCGGGCUGCCGGGGAGGUGCGCGGGGACACCGGGCGGCGGCGGCGGCGGCGGCGGCGGGUGGCAACUCGCGUUGAUGGGCGAAGGGCAUCCCGACUUCCAGCUGUAUUCCCACCACCGGCGCGGACACGUCUCCCUGAGGAGCACCAGAGCCCUGGACAGGGAGGAGACCCCGGGGUACCGGCUGCAGCUCGGGGUGCGGUGCGUCCGGGACUGCCCGGUACCGGCGGCGGCGGCGGCGGUGUGGGCGGUGGCCGCCGAGGUCCGAGUGGCCGUGUUGGACUCCGACGACCGCCGUCCGGCAUUCGCGGCCGCGGGGGUCCGGCCGCUGGCGCUCAGGUCGGUGCUUUACCGGGCGGCGGCCGCUGACCCCGACCCCGACCGGAACGGGCGCCCGGUCCGCCCGUUGAGGCUGGAGGUCCGGUUGCACUCCCCGGUGUUGCCCCCGACCCCGACCCCGACCCCCGACCCGGUGCUGAGGGCCCCUCGGGAGCCCCGGUCGCUGCUGCCCCGGGAGUCCCGGCGCAUCACCGUGUCGGAGGACGCCGCCGUGGGCUCGGUCAUCCUGACCCUGUCCCCCGGCCGGAGGUUCCCCGCCGCCCGGUACGAGCUGGUCUACCCCGAGCACUCGCCGCUCAGCCUGGACCGGGAGAGCGGGCGGCUGAGCAUCAGCGGCGGCCUGGACCGGGAGAGCCGACCCGACAUCCGCCUGACCGUCAAGAUCCACGAGAAACAAGGACAUGACUGGUAUCUAUUACACAUUGAAGUGGUGGUUACUGACAUCAAUGACAAUGCUCCUGAAUGGGUUAUGCACCCUUUCCCCUUCCUGGCUGUGGUAUCUCCUGACGCUCCCCGAGGGAGCUUUGUCUACAAGCUCCUCGCUCAGGACAAAGAUGAGGGUAUCAAUGGGGAAGUGGAAUAUUUCUUUGUGGAAGAUGGAGAUGGACGUUUUGAAGUAGACAGGAAGACCGGUUCCAUUCGAACCACAAGCCUGCCCCUGAUGAAGGAUGAUGAAUACUUGUUGACGGUCGUGGCUUCAGACAAACUUGGCCUCAAAAGCGCUCCUGCUGUUGUGUCUGUCACUGCUGGGCCCCGAGCUCCGCAGUUUGCAAACCUAUCGUACCAUGUAGAAAUUGCUGAGGACACUGGAGUGGCCGAACCGUUCCUGACAGUCUCAGCCAAAUCCUUCCAGAAGAUGCCUGUUCGCUACAGUCUGCUAAUUAAUCCCAGCAGUCUUUUCAGCAUCAAGAAGGAGACGGGAGCGAUAAGCCUGACCAGGUCUAUUGACUAUGAGAGUGAUCAGCAUCGGUACCUGCUCUUGGUAACAGCAACAGAGGAGGAGAAUCUGAGCAGCGCUGCCGAGGUUUUGGUGUUGGUCACAGACGUAAAUGACUGCACCCCAGAAUUCUUUCAGUCUAUAUACAGUAAAGACAACGUGCUGGAAACAGUUACCACGGCAACCUCUCUGCUUCAAGUUUCAGUCAGUGACUGUGACGCAGAGAAGAAUGCUGAGAUAAUGUAUUACACCCUGAGCCCAGAUUUCACCAUAUCUGCACACGGCACCAUAUUCCCUGCCAGGCAUUUGGACUUUGAACGACCAAAUCACCUGUAUGAAUUUGUGAUCAUGGCUGUGGACAAAGGGGAACCACCUCGCACAGGGACAGCAACAGUCAGGAUUCGGAUGUCAAACGUCAACGAUGAGGCACCUGAAUUUUCCCAAAUGGUCUAUAGAACCUUUGUAUCGGAAGAUGCAGGCCCCAACACCCUGGUUGCUACAGUUCAUGCCAAGGAUCCUGAUGGAGAUGCCGUUUACUAUGAAAUCUCAGCAGGAAACGAAGAAGGAAACUUUGUUGUUGACAGCUUGAAAGGGCUCAUCCGUCUUCGCUCCAACCCACCACCCAGGCUGCAAGGUAUAGAAUACGUCCUCCACAUCACAGCGACCGACGACAACUCCUCAGGUGGUCCCCGCUCCCUCAGCACUACAGCUUUAGUGAUUGUGGGGGUGGACGAUGUUAAUAACAACAAACCGCUAUUCAACCAGUGCCAUUUGUACCGUGAAAACACGACUGUCUUUGAGAAUCGGCCUCCAGGAACUCCCAUACUGCAGGUUGAAGCUACUGAUGCUGAUGAGGGAUCUAACGGAGAAGUCAAGUAUGGGAUCAUGCACAGAGAUGGUGCUUCCCCAGCCUUCCACAUCCACCCUGACACCGGGAUUAUCACAACGUCUCAGAGGUUUGACCGAGAACAGCAGAAAGAAUACACCAUUACCGUUACAGCGACAGACAAGGCCGCUGAGCCAUUGAUUGGCAUCUGUCAGAUAAACAUUCUCAUCCUCGAUGAAAAUGACAACAACCCAAGAUUUGAAAAUAUGCGUUAUGAAUAUUUUCUUAGGGAGGACACUCUUAUUGGCACAAGCUUUCUGCGAGUUGGUGCUCAUGAUGACGAUCAGGGUACAAAUGCUGCCAUCACCUAUUCAGUGUUUGCUGAGGAGCCAGAGUAUUUCCGAGUUAAUCCGUCAACGGGCUGGGUUUACGUGAACCAGCCAAUAUCGCAGACAUCCAAUAUCGUUCGCCAGAUCAUUGCCACAGAUGGAGGAAACAGAAGCAGCAGUGUGGAACUUGCAGUGACUAUCACCAAUAUGCAAAAUCAGCCUCCGCAGUGGGAGAGAGAAGAAUAUCAAGUUGUUAUUCCCGAAAAUACCACACGAGACACAUCUAUUGUCACUAUAAAAGCAAUAUCUCCUCUCGGGGACCCCCGUUUGACCUACAACCUGGAAGAUGGCCUUGUUCCAGAAACCAACAUGCCAGUGCGCUUCUACUUGACGCCAAACAGGGAGAAUGGAACAGCCUCCAUCUUGGUUGCUGAGCCACUUGAUUAUGAAACCAGCAAGCACUUUAUGCUGAAGGUGCGUGCCCAGAAUGUGGCUGCCGUGCCUCUGGGAGCAUUCACCACUGUCUGCAUCAAUUUGACAGAUGUGAACGACAAUGUUCCAUUCUUUACCUCAUCAAUAUAUGAGGCUUCUGUCACAGAGGGAGCCGAAAGAGGGACCUCCGUCCUUCAAGUUGCUGCAACAGAUCAAGACCUGGGAGUUAAUGGCAAGAUCACGUACUCUCUCUUGAAGGAUCAUAAUAGGGACUAUCGUUUUUUCCGAAUAGACCCUGUGACAGGCUUGAUCUAUACCCAGGCAGUUUUUGACAGAGAGUUAAAGGGAUCCUACCUUUUGGAAGUGCAGUCAACGGACGGUUCUGAAUCUGCCCGGCCAGGGAAACGUGGGCAACCAAACACUGACACUGCUUACGUGAGAAUCUUCAUCAGCGAUGUGAACGAUAAUAAGCCCAUCUUCACUCAGAAGGUCUACAAAGUUAAAGUGGACGAGGACCAGGAUUUGGGAUUUCCUGUCAUUACUGUCAGUGCCAAUGAUGAAGAUGAAGGUGCUAAUGCUAAGCUGAGGUAUCAGAUCACAUCAGGAAACGUUGAGGGUGUGUUUCACGUGGAGCCAGAAGUUGGCACCAUCUUUGUCGCUCAGCCUCUGGAUUAUGAGCGUGUGAAAAAGUAUGAACUGCACUUGGUGGCUUCAGAUGGUAAAUGGGAGAACUACUGCACUGUCAUCAUAAAAGUGUUGAACAAAAAUGAUGAGGCUCCCGUCUUCUCUCAAAGCGAAUACUACGGGAGUGUGACAGAGGAGUGGGAGGGAUCCCCUAUCUUUGUGUUACAGGUUACAGCUACCGAUCCUGACAAUGAAGCAGCCCACGGAGCUCUGAGAUAUUCACUACAUGGCCAAGGAGCGGAGAGUGAAUUCAGGAUUAAUGAGAUCAGUGGGAAAAUUUACUCCCAGAAGCCCCUUGAUCGUGAAGAACGAGCAGUGUGGCGUUUUGUUCUGCUAGCCACUGACGAGAAUGGAGAAGGCUUAACAGGCUUUGCUGAUAUGAUAGUUACUGUACAAGACAUAAAUGAUAACAGACCCACAUUUACUUGUAUGGCUGAUAACAGCUGUAGCGGCUAUGUUCUGGAAAAUUCACCCGCAGACACGUCUGUUAUGGAAAUGACAGCCACGGAUCUCGAUGACCCCACUGUGGGGCAAAAUGCUCUUUUGACAUACAGAAUUGUGGAGAAUGGAAAGAAUCAAAUCAAUUUAGAUUUGUUUAACAUCAACCCCUCCACGGGGACCAUCUACACAGUACUGGGGACCCUGGACAGGGAGAAAACCGAUAAAUAUCUCUUGGUUGUGGAAGCGAGAGAUGGAGGAGGACUGACCGGCACAGGUACAGCAACUAUCUAUGUGUCGGACAUCAACGACCAUCCACCUAGAUUUGCACGACAGUCCUGGGGAGCAAAGAUUUCGGAGAACAGUGAGGUGAACUCGGCUGUACUGGAGGUAUCGGCAGUUGACGCGGAUGUGGGUGAGAACGCCCAACUGACAUUCAGUAUCAUUGCGGGAGACCCGGAGCAUAAGUUUUACAUUGAAAAUAAGAAACAUCGACACGGCAUGAUUCGAUUAAAGAAGAAAGUGGAUUACGAGAAUCCACAGGAACGGAAGUUUAAUCUGACUCUGAAAGUGGAGGAUUUGGAUUUCUCCAGCACUGCUCAGUGUUUGAUUGAGGUGGAAGAUUACAAUGACCACGCCCCCUUCUUUAUUCCGCAGUUUUACCAAGCUAAUCCAUUGCCUGAAAAUGUCCUUGUGGGCACCAUUGUUGCCAAUGUGGUGGCCUCCGAUGACGAUUCUGGUUCCAAUGGGAAAAUUGUGUACAGUAUCCAAAGUGACUCAGAUCCAUUAGGACAGUUUCUGAUCAGUCAAUCGGGUCACUUGACUUUGGGAAGCUCUGUGGAUCAUGAAAGCAUCCAACAAUAUAACCUCAUUAUACUAGCAACUGAUCAAGGCACAUCUGCCCAAACAGGGACGGCAACAGUGCAAGUGACUGUACUUGAUAUCAAUGACAAUGGACCUGAAUUUGAAGCAGCCUAUAUGCCUGUGGUGUGGGAGAAUUCACCGGGACCCCAAAUAGUCUACAUGAACCAAUCUUCAUGGCUGCUUUAUGCAGUAGAUCGGGACACAGCUAUUAAUGGAUUGCCUUUUACGUUUGCAUUGCCUCCAGAAUACCAAAACUCACAAGACUUUGCUUUGAAAGACAAUGGAAAUAACACGGCCACUAUCACAGCUCUCAGGACAUUUGACAGAGAGGAGCAGAAAGAGUUCUAUUUGCCUAUAAUCAUAACAGACAGUGGCAGCCCUUCCAUGAGCUCAACAAACACAUUGACCAUUACAGUUGGGGAUAAGAAUGAUCACCCUCAUCAAGCUGGGCACAAGAAAAUCUAUGUUUACAAUCGCAGAGGUGUGAUGUUAACUACAGUCCUGGGAAGAGUGCACGCUCCAGACCUGGACGAUUGGGACAAUAAGACCUACAGCUUUGAAGGCCGUAAGCCAAAGUGCUUCAUAUUAAACCAAAGGACUGGCUUUCUGAUUAUGAAGGGAAACACUCCUCAGGGGACUUACGACUUUCAGGUCAAGGUCUCUGAUGGGAUCUGGCCUGACGUUUAUUCGACAAUCAAGGUUCAUGUUAAAGAACUGCAGGAUGAAGCAAUUCACAACUCCGGCUCUGUACGUCUGUCAGAUAUCACAGCCGAAGAAUUUGUUCAGAAAGCAGAAAAGCAAAAAAGUAAAUAUGACAUAUUUAAAGAGCUGUUAGCUGAAGUCCUGCCAGCUCAUGCAGACAAAAUUGACAUCUUCAGUGUCCUAAAUGUAAAUGGCAGACAGACUGAUGUGCGAUUUGCUGUGCAUGGCCCCCUCUAUUACCAGACAGAAAGGCUAAAUGGAAAUGUGGCAGCUUACAGAAAACAGUUUCAGUCGGCUCUGAAGGUGAACAUCACUCAGGUGCACGUGGAUGAAUGUGUCCUAGCAAACUGCAGUGGUGGCAACGGCUGUGCGAGCCGUCUCGUUGUCAGUGACACGCCGACUGUCGUGGAUGCUGGGAACAUUUCCUUUGUGUGUGUCACAGUAAGCAUGUUCGCUGAGUGCACUUGCCUAGCACGGGAACGAGGGCAUCAAUCCUGCGCCUCAUAUGCGAGAAAUCCCUGCCACAAUGGAGGAACGUGCAUUGAUAGCCACAGUGGUUACAGGUGUCAGUGUCCUGUGCAGUUUGAUGGACUUGACUGCCAACAAACAAUGCACAGUUUUCAUGGGAAUGGCUUUGCCUGGUUUACACCAAUUAGAACCUGCUUUGAGAGCCACCUUUCCCUGGAGUUCAUUACUGAAGUUCUCAAUGGGCUGUUGUUAUACAGUGGACCGGUUACUGAUCAGGAGCCUCAGGAACGGGAGGAUUUCAUUGCUAUUGAAAUAAACAAUGGUGUCCCAACUCUGAGGUUAAACCAUGGCUCUGGGAUGCUUGUGCUGGAGCUGCGGAGUAGUGUCAACGUAGCAGACAGACGCUGGCAUAGGCUGGAUAUCAGGAGCAAUGGGAAGGAUGUACGCUUCACUCUGGAUCGAUGUGCAAGUUCCAUUGUGUCUGAGAAAGGAGGAGUUGGCAAGUGGAUUUCGACAGAGGAUCGCUCAGUCUGUGAGGUCACGGGAUCAACUCCAAAUGAUGAAAGAUUUUUACACGUUAACCAGGUUCUACAGUUGGGCGGUGUAAAAGAGACUCUGCCUUAUGAGUACUCUCAGAUAAAGCAAAGGCACUUCACCGGCUGCAUCCAAAAUCUGAUCGUGGAUAGUCAGGUAUAUGACCUGUUGUCACCUGCGGAGUCGCUCAACAGUGCACCUGGCUGUGCAGUGACUGAGGGGAAUUGCCUGCUCGCAGAAUCUCCUACCUGUGGCGCCCAUGGGAGAUGUCAUGGAGAGUGGAGCUCCUUUACCUGUGAAUGUGCCCCCGGUUAUUCAGGCUACAGUUGCGAGAAAGUUGCUGAGGAGUGGUCCUUUAGAAAGGGCAGCUAUGUUCAGUAUCGGCUCAGAGCUCCAGUGCCUGUCCGCAGGACACUCAUCCAGGCCAUGGUCCGCACACGAGCUCCCAACAGCUUCCUCAUGAGCUUAUCUUCCAAAGACAGAAGCGAAUAUAUCAGACUGCAGGUAUGGCAAGGAUUGCUGGCAGUGUACUGUAACCUCGGGGAUGGGCAGCAGGUUUUGAACCUGACAACCCAGCGUAUCGACAAUGGCGAGUGGAACAUGGUGAAUCUGGAUCGCAUUGACAACGAAUUCACGCUGCUUAUCAACGGAGGCAGCGCAAAACGAGAAGUUACUGCAUUGCUUGGAAAGUACAGAGAAAUAAUUAUUGACCCGCACACUGUGGUGCUCGGAAACAUUUACCCUGCCGGCCACGAUCAUAGUUUCCAAGGAUGUAUGAAGGAUGUCAGACUGAACAACAUCCACUUGCCUUUCAAUAAUGAAAGAGUGGAGUUGGCUUCUGUUGCCAAUAUGCAGGGACUAAGCAAGGGUUGCUUAUCAGAAGCCUGUACAAAAAAUCCCUGCAACCCACCCUUUCUGUGUGAGGACCUGUGGAGAGCUUUUGAGUGCAGAUGUCCACCUGGUCAGAAGAGCAUGGAGAAUACCACAGGCAACAGGAAUUGCAUUUACAGUUUAUGUGCUGAUAAACCUUGCCACCAUGGAAGCACCUGUAUUGUCCAGUCCCCUUCCAGAUUCAGCUGUCACUGCCCUGAAGGCUACACUGGCCGGCACUGUGAAAUCAGCCUGGCAAUCUAUCAUGAUGACAUAGGCCUCAGCUUCAGCUCCAUGUUUGCGAUAUGCAUUUGUUUUCUGGCACUCUUAGUUCUGCUCAUUGGGGUGUCCCUUUGGAGUUGUCAGAAGUCAGCUAAAAACCUGGAAGGAAGCACGUACAAUGUUUCAGAACAGCAUGAAGCCUGGGACAUCCAGGAAAAUGUACUGAACUACGAUGAAGAAGGGGGCGGUGAAACAGAUCAGGACUGCUAUGACAUGGCAGAACUUCAGAAACCAUUCUACAUGAGUCCGGUCCUUUCUGCCUCUCGAAAGGAUCAUUCAAAUCGAGAAGAUGACCGAGUGAGAAAAGAUGUUCUACCAUCUCAAUGUGAAUCUAAGAAAUUGGCGAGUGCCACAGUUGCCGAGCAGGAUUUUGACCAGUACAUCUCCAAUAUCAUUCAAGAUGCGGAUCAGCACCCACAGAUGCUAGCAUAUGAUUCUUUAAAAGUGUACUGUACAGAAGGGGAAGGCUCUGUAGCUGGUAGCCUAAGCUCCCUGGACUCCUUGCCACAGGACGAAGAACUGGAAUAUGACUACAUGAAGGAAUGGGGGCCUAGAUUUGAAAGACUGAGAACUCUAUAUGAGCCCAUAGAGGAGAACGUAGUGUGACAGGGUCUUAGUUGGGGUCUUUAUUUUUGGAAUGUUGCUUCAUGAGUGACAGGUGGUAACUGACCACCAUAUGAUGAAUGUGCUAGUUUCUUUUGAAAUGGCAGGAAGUUUUUGUGUUUUUACAAAACCAUCCAACAGCUAAGAUGAUGUCUGUGCUGGCCUUUGCUACUAGGGAGAAAUAGAAUUCCAGGCUUAAAGCAUUGGAUUCCCACCAGUGGUGAAUAAACGUUCAGUGGGAAUUGUUUGGGGGUGAAACCUUGUUCUUGUGGCAACCUGACAGGAGACAGAUUCCUGAAUAUUUAUUUGAGAACCAAACAGCAGGUUAUCAGCAUUAUUUUAAACUUGUGCAAAACCACAAUACCCCACCCAUUGCACACAACGCAAUUACAAAAUGUCACUCUGUAGAUAAAACCUCCUCAGAGUGCGUCGUGUCAUAAAUAUUUUUUCCGAAAUUUUAACAUCUUUAAGAUCCUGAUUGCAACUGGGCAGUUUUAUAGACUUUUAAGAAAUGUAUUUUCAUAUAUAAAAAAAUGAGUCAGCGGAAAUUCCUCUGUUUUCAUUAAUAUAAGGAUACAAAGAAAAAGUAGAUAUGUAAUUCUGUUUUUUUUAUAACCUAAUUGGAGAAUAAUCAAAAUUAAGCUAUUUUUUAAAACCAUUUUCAGUGCUUACAUAUACAGUACGUAUGUACGAAUCAGUUUGAAUUCAUUUUCAAUGUGAGAUUUCAGGAAUCUGGAACGGACAUUUUAAAAUCUGGAAAUGAAACAAUUCAAUAAAUGGAUCUUUUUACUGUGACUCACCAAAUAACGCUAUACAGCGGCAGGAGAGUGACACUGUUUUUUCACACAGCUAUUGAUUCAGGCUUCUCAUUGCUGUACAAUGUAAUCUAGAUCAGCCAAUUUGAGCAGUAUAAAAAGUGAUACAAUCUCAUCUCAAAUUAAUUUCAGAAUAAAAAUAAAACAGAAAUACUGUGCUCAAAGUCGUAAAACUACCGCGUAGAAGUGGUUUGCAUUUGUGGAGCAUUUCAACACUUGUUUCCAUUUCACUGUUUGAAUGAGAUCACUGAAUUGUAAACAUCUAUGAUGGGAAUGGUAUUAAAAUGCUAGUUGUGAUCUAUCACUGCAUGACCACCUCAGCGGUAAAUUGCUCUGUUCAUCACGCCACAUGCACAAUGGAGGAUGAAGCUAUCUGAGAAAGGCAGGGGGAAGGUACUUAUCCCCCUCAAAAAAAACCUUGUACAACAAAAUAGAAAGUACACAGUUCUGAAACCUUUUGCAGUGUGCAAGCACUUAUUUAUUCUUUUGUAUAAAUUUCCAAAUCAAAAUAUUUUUUCUGUUAAAACGUGCAGUAAACUGUCACAUGCUGUUGAUUUGGGUUGUGUUUGUUGAAAAGUUGAGGAAACUCGUGUUUCCGGUAUGUAAUAUACAAUAAACA